GUGUGUGAGGAAGCGGGAGAGAGAGCGAGCUAGAGUGAAAGAUAGGUAUCUGUCUUCGUGGAAGCAACUUUGAGUGGAGUCGAGUCGGGAACGAAAAAACUAUAGUAGGUAUAGAAAAGUGUACUUCUUGGUCGGUAAUUGGCCAAAAUUUAGCAAAAUAUUGUAAUAAUAGUGCCUGAGGAAAGUGCCAGCAGGAACAUCCUGCGGACAAGAGUGUAGUGGAAUGCUGAUUUGGGUGCGAUUUUGAGCUGUCAUCGUUCGACUAGAGCAGUGUCUGCAGAAGCGCUACAUGUAUAGCAGAGGCAAAAAAAUGGAACAAGCAAACGUCGAAAGUCGCUGUCGUCUGUGCUUUUCGGUGGAGGACCUUACCUGCUCCCUCUUUCUAUCCGAGGGCGUACCUAGCCGGGAAGUGAUCGACAUGAUACUGGAAUGUACCUCUAUACGGAUAACCUUGGAGGAAGACUACCCCUCGAAAGUGUGCGAAAAGUGCUUGGAGACGUUAGACAAGUUUUACCACUAUCGACAGCGCUGUCUACAGAACGAUAAAAUAUUGAAAUCUCAACGCAAUUCAUCCAAUAGCCGAGCAAAAUUGGUUCAGGUAAAACAAGAACAGCUGGAAGAGUCGGAGCAUCAUAGUUCUGUACGUCUUUCGCCCGCACAAGACCAGCAAGUUCAACCAGUCAAACAGGAAGAUCCCGGAGGUUAUUCGUCAAUUCUUCGAAGCAUCUUGCUACAAAGUCGCGAACCAGGACGGGCUGGGUCAACUGCAUCAGCAGAACAAGAACUCGAACAGGACAAUGCAGGAACUUUGGUUGCGGCUGAACCAAAGGCGGAACAAGACGAUCAAUCGGCGGAAGAACCGGAAACCGCUCCGGCUUCCCUCCUGCAGCAGAUGCUCCUACAGCAAGGCUACUCGCCCCGGGAAAUCCAGUCUCCGGCAAUUCAACCGGGACCUAGCAAUCCGGAGCCUACAUCGUCGUUGCUGAAAAGAAUGCUGCUUGAAGGUGGCGGCACCAAUCACGACUGUCCGUCUCCACUGGAGGGACCAAGCACACUGAAUCACAAACAGGAACCGGAACCAACGCCACCGCCACCAACCAAUCACCACCAUCAGCAGCACGACGAAAACCACAACGAAGAACAUUCCGAGACACCGUUGGCCUCGCAACUGCGAGCGAUACUACUGCAACAUCGAGCCGCAGCCGUAGCGGCUGCUUCCUCCGGGGGUGCUGGUAGUGGUAGCAGCAAGACAACGCCGUCAGCGACGGUGGCAACAGCAGCAGCAGCCGCAGCAGUGACAGACGAUUUGCUAAAUUCAGCUGCAUCAACUGAGAAGCCGGAAGUUUCCUAUCUGAGAAGUUUGUUCCUGCGGAACGAUUCCGAUGCGAACGAGGACAGCGAUAGCGAUGCGGGCGAUAGGCCAACCGGGGAGAUGCUGUUCAACAUGUUCCAGCAGCUGCGGGCCAGGAAUGAGCCGCCAAAUUCCGACGACACGGACGACUCGGAAGAUCGUGCCUACGAUUACAGGAUUCCGAGCGUGCGGCGGCGCAGCUCGGAGUCCACUACAGACUCUCGCAAGCGCCGCCGCUUGGACUUCAAUUGUCUGCUGUGUGGCCGUCUGUUCCUGAAUCGCUCCAAACUGGUGCUACACAUGCGAACGCACAUUGGUUCGACGGAGCCGGUGCCACCAGUACCACCACCACCUCCAUCAUCAACGCAAAAUUCGGCCGCGGCAGCAGCUACAGCGGCGUCCGUUGUGGCAGCAGCUACAGCGGCGUCCGUUGUGGCAGCAGCUGCUGCUGCGGCCGCAGCAACUCCCGGCGGUGCCAACGCAGAGGAUGACGAGGAAAGCCGCCAGAUCGAGCUGCUCGAGAGGCGUUCCUAUGCGUGCUAUAUCUGCGGGGCCGAUCAGAACAAUCUGCAACAGCUCAAGGAACACCUGCUACUCGCCCACCAGGAUCGCAUCCGCAGCCGGGGACGUGCCAAGGAACGACCGAAACCACUGAUCAGCUGCAAUUUUUGCAGUCGCCAGUUUCGGAGUCAGUUCGCUUACGGGGAACACCUGAGGACGCACACCGGUGAACGGCCGUUUCCAUGCGAUCAGUGUGAUAAGCGGUUUCCGAGGCGCUUCCAACUGCUAGGCCAUCUGUACAACGUGCACAAGCAGUCCUGGGUGGCGGACGAGUCCAAGGCGAAGUUCGUGAAGAAGUAGUGGGUGCCCUCGAGGGAGUCGGGCCGACGAUGACACAGGAAAACGCUCCGCACCGGUUUCGGUUGGAGUUUAGAAUGUUUAAAAAAAAAACCCUUUCGUUUUAACUCUAUUAUUUUUUUGAUACAUUUAUAACAUACGAAAAUUAUACCUUUUAUUAUCUGUUGAGAAGUAUAGCAUACAAUUUUA